AUGAACCAUCUCAGACGGUAUUCGGCAAAACCUGGCAUAGUUCAGGCCUUUCCGAGCCAGUUCGGCCCAUCUUAUGUAUGUUCGACAUGUCGCCAAAUCGCAACACAGCCUCUACAUCGACCUUCGCGAACAAUAGUACCCUUACUCGACCCACGUCAACGAAGAGACUUCUCCUAUUUGCGUGCCCGAAAUUCACAAAAGCAUGGCGCAACUGAAUCGCCGCCUGAGAAAGAUGCUGGCUCAUCCGGGAAUCAAUCACAACGGCGGAAAUUAGCCCGAUCACCAGCUGCCAAUUCAUCUCUUCGCCGUGUCGCAGUCGAAGCACAACGUACAAGGAGUGGAAUCUUGUCAAGGACGCAGCUUUUGGAACAAGGACUAGGUGAACUCAAGACGGUCACUGCAUACGCGGUAGCUGAGCAGUUCAAUGUAACAAAAGUCAGAGAUAUAUUACAAGAGAAAGGCUACGAACCGGACCCCUUCAAUACGGGGCUCUACCCUCAAGUCGUUCAUAUACAAGUUCCCAUCGACUCGGUACGGCGCAUGACAAAUCCGGAAGCUACUAAUCUGGGAUCCGAUGAGACUGGCGACGUGUUUGUCUUUCCUUCGGGCACUGUUGUGGCCUGGUCGCUUCCAGAUGGUUUUACUUCGUAUCUGGCUUCCAGGACACUUCUCCCGGCAGCUGAGAAUCCACAUACAGACAACCUCGAGACGGAAGACAUGGACUUUAUCGAAGAUCCUCAUCGUGAAAGCAGCUUCAUCAAGGGCGAUACUAUUGUACUUGGCACCAAAGCCAGUGAUGGUUCGCCUCCGAGUGCUCCCAAUCGCCAGUCCAUUGAUACAGUGCUGACGAAGAUUGCAUUCUCGUCCGGAUUGGCACGCAGCACGAAGCUUGCCGUGCUGGAAAGCUUACUGUCUGACUAUUUUGAAUCGACGCGCAACAUUCCAACCCUAUUGUCAAAAGGCUCACGACUACCAUAUACAAGAGAUUUCAUCCUCCGGAAAACAGGACAAUUACUCAGCGUUCGAGCACAAUUGAAUAUAUACUCUGAACUGACCGAUUCUUUACCCGACAUCUUCUGGGACAGUCGACAUGAAUUGGGUCUCGAAGGAUACUAUGAAGAAGCGGGUAGAGCGUUGGAUGUCGGAAUCCGCAUCAAGGUGUUGAACGAAAGAAUGGACUACGCACAGGACAUUGCGAAUGUGCUGCGGGAGAGACUCAGUGAAACCCACGGGCUGCGCCUUGAAUGGAUCAUCAUUCUCUUGAUCGCGGUGGAAGUAGGGUUUGAAGUUCUCCGACUCUGGAAAGAGCGCGAGGUCGAAAGCAAAGAGAAGAAAGAAGCAACGAAUUGA